ACAAAGCUCGUUUCUUCUUUUCUUCUUCUCUUCUUCAGUGGUUUAAACUUUGUUAGUCCUAGGAUCUGAAUGUGCUCAUCAAAGGAAAUCUGAAUCAACGACGACGGCCAUCGAUCUUUUCUCCUAUGGUUUAUACACAAUUGAUGAUUGAUCAAAUUUUGGUUAUCAAUUUGAUAGGCAAACCCAUUGCGGUUAUAUCUGACGUGCAUAAGGAACACUCUUGAGGCCGCCAUGUGUCUCCAGUCCUAUUGGGAUGUGACUUGCCCUAUUGUGCCCCCAAGUUACUUGGGGUUAAGGCUUUCUUAUUGUUGUUGUUGUAAUGCUGUGAGGACCAGCCAAGAACUUCUACUUAAUCCUGUUUUGAUUUGUCGAAAUGAGGCUGAAAAAUGCUUAAUAGAAACCUCUAUCAAUUCACUGAGGAUAAGCCUCAAGGUGAAGCAGGCCGAUGAACUUGAAAACAUAUUGGCAAAAAAGUUCCUUAGAUUUUUGUCAAUGAGAGCAGAGGCAUUUCAGGUACUUAGAAGAAAGCCAGUGCAGGGCUACGACAUAAGUUUUCUCAUAACUAAUUAUCAUUGUGAGGAAAUGCAGAAGCAGAAACUUAUUGAUUUUAUAGUACAGUUCCUGGAGGACAUUGAGAAGGAGAUCAGCGAGCUGAAAUUGUCUGUUAACACCCGGGGGAGGCUUGUGGCUACGGAGUUUCUAAAGCAAUUCGUCUGAUGUUUCUUCAUUGAGGAUUAUUAUGCUUUGCACUGGACUCCUCUGUGAUGUUACUUCUGCCACUGUUUUAGGCACCGCUUGGCAUCAACUUUACCAUUUAACUUUAGUGUUUCCAAAAUGCUAUCCAAUGGCAGCAUUUAGUUUAGCACUUUCAAAGCUAAUCUAUACCAUUAAAAGAUAAUCUAAAACUCCCAAAUUAGAGGUUCCCAUCUCUCUUGUUUUGUUUGUGAAUUCUAUGUAUACAUAGUAGUGUAAAGUAAAUAUUUGGGACACAU